AUGGCACUGGCCGAAAGGUCCAGUGCAGAGCUCAGCCGAAGGCGUGGUAGUCUCAAGAGACGUGAUCGGUCCGCGGAAAAGGCAGCCCGAGCCGAAGCUGCAAUAGAACGGAAAACUGUCAACCUGUCAGAUGGCCCCAUGACUGUGGCCGAGCUAGCCGAAGCCAUCGAUGAAAAGCCCGUUCCCGUUAUCAAAUUCUUGAUGACUGACCUGGGUAACGCGAUGAGGUUUGAUGAUGAUGAUGACGAGUUUAUGGAAGAGGACACAGCACUGGCUAGUGGCUUUGCCUUUGAAGAAGAUGAAAACGAGGAGACCUUGAAAAAA